AUGUUAUAUAAUAAGCAUUUACGCUUAUUAAAGGUGUUAAGUACCUAUACUCUAAUAAGCACAGUGCUAGCAGCUAAGGCAGUAAUUAAGGCAGUAGUUAAGGCAGUAAUUAGGGUAGUAAUUAGGGCAGGCUUAGGCAGUAAUACUAACCUUACCUUUAGUGUACUUAAGCUCUUAUACUCUAAACUAGUAGUAAUUAAGGUAUACAAGGCUGUAAUAAUUUAUUUUAAAUAUAUAAUUAAGGAGGAGCGUAUUAGGCAAUAUUUUAAAUUACGUAAGACUAGCAUAAGCUCUCUAAAAAUUAACUUACUUAUAGGCUUAGUACUUAUUUUUAAUAUUUUACCUACUGCGUGUCUUAUAACGCUAUAUUAUACUGCCUACGUACUGCUUUUAAGCUACUUCUCUCUAAUAGUACUCUUAGCCUUCUUUAAUAUAGUCUACGCUAGUAAUAGUAGUCUUACAGCGCUAGCACUUAUAAGGAAUAUACUAAGGAGUACGCCUAUAUAUCUCUCUAAUAGGGCAAUUGUAAUUAAAUAUAUAAGCUACGCGCCUAGUAGUAGUAAUAGUGUUAACAGCGUUAACAGUAGUAGUAGUAAUAAUAAUAGUAAUAAUAAGAUAUAA